AUGGCCCUACGUUUGCCUGCAAGCCAUGGCGCAUCGCAGUCGACGACCCUUGGAAAAGUGGCCCACGUAUCCCGAUCCGCGCCAUCGCCGGCGAGCCCGAUUCGCAAGGCACCAAGACUGGGAGCAGCUUCGGCCUCGGCUGCAGUGGCUUGUCUUUUGAAGCCUUCGUGGCAACGAGGAUUCCGGUCCCAGCGAAGUGCGAAGGUUGCAAGGAGUUUUCGCUCGGAGUGGCGCGAGGUGGCCGGGUGCCCUGUGUAUCUUCCUGCUUCCAGCGAGGGGUGCAAGCCGACUUGCGUUUUGCACUUCGUCGGUGGCGCCUGGGCUGCGGCGGCCCCCCGACUCACGUACCGAUGUUUCCUCGAGGCAAUCUCGGAGGAUACCGGUGCUGUCAUCGUGGCAACCCCAUGUGCCGCGACACUGGACCACGAUGCUGCGGCAACAAAGGUCGCGGAACUUCUGGAUGCAGCGCUAAUUUCACUGCAGCAGCGAGGUGUCCAAGUCGGUUGUCUUCCGAUUUGGGGCCUCGGCCAUUCUUCCGGUGCAGUGAUCCAGCUGCUCAUUUCCCUGAAACAUAGACGAGCGGGUCUCCUUCUGCUCGCCGUGGCUCCGGCUCCCAACCCCUUCUUCAAAGCGUUGCCAAGGCCUCCUCCCGCGCAGCGGCGCGCCCUGUCGCAGCUGCGCAGACGCUUGGAGGAAGUUGCCGAUCAGGGCCAGGUGAGAAGAGGUGUCCGAGCCAUCGAAGCUGCCACCAGGGGCUUAGCACGAACCUUGCGCGGCCUGCGUAAUGCCGGUGAGGAGGAUACCAGCUGGGAUGCGAGGCUGCUGCAGGCCAUGGAGGACUCCGAGAAAGGAGAGGUGUCCAAACUUCUGCAGCAGGUGAUCCCUGCCGGUGGUGAGGUGCUGGAGGGUGCCCGGGAUCUGAAACCGAGCCGUCAGGACCUCGCCGCCCGCCUGGGCACUGAAGAAGCGCGGAAGGUGCUGCCCAAGCGGCUCCUGGUGGUGGAGUUUGGCGACGAUCCUCAGGACGACUCAUCGUGGCUGCUGUCAGCCCUUGGGUGUGAAGAGCAGCGGAGGCCCCAAGAGGAGGAUAUGUUCUCCUUGGGUUGGGAUCCCUUGGAUGCCAUCGAUGAGGCCUUGGAGCAGGAGUUGGAAGAAGCCGGUUUCGAGGAGUGGGAGGAGAGUGAGGAAGAAGGAGCUCACGAGGACGUCGACGACGAGGAAGAGGCUCCGGAGGUUCGGGAAGCGCGCCGGCAGCUCGAGGUUGAGUGGGAGGCGGAUGCUUCGAGCAGCAUCCAGGAGUGGGACGAAGAUCCCAAUCAACCGAGGAUAGUCGAGCUCGUCCGGAUGAGGGGCGGCAACAGCGCUCCGAUGGACUUUCAGGACGAGCUGCAGGGUCUGGAAGGUGAAGUGGCGCGCUUCUUGCGGAGGGAGCCCGCAUCUCCGCGACCACCAGGGCUAGCGCUGGCUGGGGGUUUCGCCCUGAAGGCACAUCUUUUCCGUCUCACGGCGGGGACGAACAGAGGUUUCGGGCCCCUCUCGUACAAGCAACGGGGCGACAUUCUGGCCUGCCUUUCGCAGCUCGAGUCCAUCUCCCCGGCCGAGGCGUUGCCACCUCGUGGCGCUAUGGUCUCAGAGAAGCUCUUCGGCAAGUGGCGCCUCGUUUGGGCCACGGCUCCUGCCGUGCUGUUUCUCGGCGCUUUGCCCUUCCUGGAGUGCGGGGAGAUUCACGAAGAAGUUCGCCUUCUCCCAGGGUGGCGGACGUCGACUCUGAGAGCUCCCCAGGUGCUACUGCUUCAGCUGCAGCAAGCCAGGAUGUUAGCCUGCGGACAACUGCGCAGCUGA